AUGCUAUGCAUGUGCCGAACAGCCGUUCUGGCUUUGGCCACCUUGUGCCAGCCGGUCCUUUCAAGCACAUUUCCAUACCAUUCUGAUACCGCUUUUGUGUUUCAAGGUGACGAUGGACAAGGAUACGAUCUGCAUGCGCCAUUGAUACAUCCAUGUGACCAUGUGCCAAAGCACACGUGCCGGGGCCACAGCUCUCACAGCUCUCACAAGUCAGCUUCGCCUCCGUCAACUCCGCUGAACUGUUCUUUGUGUCCAGAAGGCUCAGAAGGCUCAGAAGGCUCGGGUCGCAAGGUGAUGAUGUAUGCGGUGGCAAGGCUCGAUGGGGUUGGUGAGCGUGUGAUGCAGAUGGUGAUGUACAUGGCAUUUGCAACCUUUCACAACUUCAGUUUUGGUGGCUUCUUGUACAACGAGCCUUAUGACACGGAACAUGUUACCCACGGGAUGACAGCCGCUGACAUGCACGAUCUCACGACGGAGUUCAUGGGCAGCAAUGUUUCUGCCUUGCGCCUGCGUGCUCGGAAUCCCCAUUUUGAUCACUGUUGGAGAGGAGGGCUAGAACGCCAGAAGCCCCAACUGGCCGGUGGUGAAAUGGUUCUAGUCAACGACAACUGUGCCCGACCCGGCGAGCGAAGAGAUUUGUUUUUGCUCAGCCAGCCGUUUCUCAAGCGACUUCGACUAUCGACAACGCUUCUCGGCCGUCCUACGAAGUAUUUUGAACCAGGGCAGCUCCGCAUAGCCAUACAUCUUCGCCGUGGGGAUAUACGAAAAACCACCACAGAUUGGUGGCCAGGUCCCGACCGCCUCGUGCCGGAUGCGCUGUAUGUGGGAUUCUUGUCCCUACUCAGACGGUUGCUCAAACCUGCUGAGAUCCAUAUAUUCUCAACAUCCAGCAGCAGCUUUCCGAGUACCAGCUUUAAUCGUUACAGGCAGCCAGGCGUGCAUGUUCACCUGGAUGGUGACAUUCUUGACGAUUGGGCGCACAUGGCACAGGCGGACGUGUUGGUGGUUGCUCCUAGCGGCUUCUCAUGGGUUGCUGGCAUAUUGAAUUCGAAAUGCGUCGUGAGUUUCGAAGCAUUCCCCUGGGGGGACUUGCCGCACUGGAUACAGCUGAACAAUGACUUCCGACAAGCAGACAAGAUUCAAUCCUGCCUUCGGAAGCAAGGCCUGCUCCAGCUGCCCAAAUAA